CUGGUACUCUACGAGAUAAUCGUCACUACAGCUUACGAAUUUGUUUGUUAGAAAGCACGUCGUAUGAAAUAAUGAACAAAUUCUCCUCCAGAAACUCCACGAUCUGCCUCCGUUGUCUUACUUUAAAUCACUUCUUGUCUCUGUCAUUCCUUGUUCUGAUCAUUCCUCAAACUCUCCUCAACCAUGUCUUCCACAACAAGAGAAUACGAUAUCGUGGUGUUGGGAGCCAGCGGUUAUACUGCCUCAAUCGGCGCCGAAUACAUUACGAAGAACUCUCGCACUGACUUGAGAUGGGCCAUUGCUGGCAGAAGUCGUGGGAAGCUAGAGGAUUUGGCCGAGAAGCUAAAGGCUAUCAAUCCUGAUCGCAUUCAACCAGGCAUCAUUGUUGUAACAAUGGAACAGCCAAGCCUUAACGAGAUGGCAGCAAGAAGCACUCUGGUCAUAAACGGCAUUGGCCCCUAUCAUCUCUAUUCGACCCCGGUCGUGGAAGCAUGUGCGACGAUGGGCACGCAUUACGUUGGUUUCUCAUUGGAAACUCCGUGGGUUGAAGAGAUGAUCUCGAAGUACCACAAAACUGCAACUGAAAAUGGGGCAAUUAUUAUCCCAACCAUCGCGCUCUGUCCUUCGGAUGUCGUCUCGUUUCUAGUUGCUAAGACUAUUCAUGAUCGCUAUGGGGGUAUCGGCACGGGCGAGGUCAACAGCACAGCCAAGCUCGAUAUUCAGGGAAUGAGCGGAGGUUCUUUAAAUACUGUGCUGAGUCUCAUCCAGUCCUACGGUAUCGGAUGGAUUCUCGUCGGAAACCCAUGGAGCCUAUCCGCCACUUCUACGCGCCGGAAGCCAAACCGCACCCCUCUCCUCUCUCGCAUCUUCGGCUACAGAUCGAUUCCAGGCUUUGGCGAUGUGACUACCUCUUUCCUCGCUAUCUGCAACGAAUCGAUUGCCCACCGCAGCUCCAGCCUCAUGCCCAAAAUCUACGGCCCAGACUUCAACUUCCACGAGUACCUCCCCACAACAGGCCCCUUCGCCGGCAUAGUCGCGCAUUUAAUCCUACGACUAGUCAUGCUCAUUGUCUCCUUUCCUCCUUUGCAAUGGCUCGCAGCAAAAUACCUCAUCCCAGCGUCAGGAACCGGCCCGGACCUUGCUAUCGCGGCGACUGCGGAGCGCCAGGAGUUCGUCGCCAUUGGCGCCUCGCUGAAAUCGAAGGGGGAGCAGGUAAGUGCGCGGUACGUAUAUGAGGGAUCUCUAUACUACUGCAGCGCACUUAUGGGGGUGGAGGCAGCUUUGUCUAUUCUGGGAGAGAAGACGUAUGCCCAUGAUAUUGGUGGUGGAAUUUUGACUCCUGCUACUUUGGGGAUGCCUUUCGUCGAGAGGCUUCGCAAUGCCGGGAUUAAGAUUGAGGUCGAUGCUUGAGAUUUUUUCUUUGUG